CCUCAUUUGACGGAAAUGAACAACGGUGUUGGACACCCCAAACUACAAAUCGACUGACUGAGAAAUGUUCUAUAUUUACAAAUGAACCCAAAUCAAAGAACGGAGCAUUUGCAAAUGGUAACAUCUUUUGAACCAUACCAAAGUGUUUCAAACGAGACAACGCGACACAUUGAUUCCGCCGAACUGUGUAGUCUUUCAGAUGUCAUCACACAACAGCAUGGCCUAAGCAAAUCAUGCGUGGAGCCGCCUCCAACGGCGCAAAAUGUAGGUAGUUCUCAACGGAUUAAGCCGAACUCCAAGAGGAGACCAAGGGAAUGUGCCGUGGACGGCUGCAAGGAGACCACGUUCUGUCGACCUAAGCUAGUUCAGAUGGGGAAAACAGCGCCUUGGAUGUGUACGUACCACAGAAAUAAGACUUACAAGGAGACUUAUAAAAGAAAGAAGGGGGAGGAGAAACAGCAAGCUGAGGCCAUUGCCGCCAGAGAAGGUAGUGCGAGUACCAGCAGUGGAAGUCCAACAGAAAAUGACUGUAAACGUAGAUGUGGAAGUAGUUCAGAUUUCAUGAAAUAUCAGGGAAUAUCAAUGCUGGAACAAGUGUUGAAUGAAAAGAAAUUGGCCCUGAUGAGAACUCCUGAAGUCGCAAAUUUUUUGCAACAGUGCCAGCGUGGUAUCAAAUCACAACACAGACCUGAGCGGUCAACCAGUAACCCAAGAUGAGUGACCUCAAUAGAAGGCUUAAAGCAUGGAUGUAUAUGUUUUAUACUUUCCACUAUUGACUGGUCAAGGGAAUAGCGACAUGGUGGUCAGAAAUGUACAAACAUUAUGGAUAUUUCACCGUACUAGAGGCAGCCCAUGCGAAGCAGUGAUAGAACUGUACUAAGAACUUUCAUCUCUACUUGCAAAUCACAAUUUUUGUAUACUGAAUAAUUAAAAUAUUACUCAUUUCGACCAUAAAAAAA